GGGAUCACUUCAAGUCAAUAUGCUAGUCAAUUUAUAGUUUCAGUGAUACGACUCAAUAUAGAAACCAAAUUGAAAGUAAUGUUUGCUAUGGUUGAAAAUCUUCGAUGGAAGAACAUUGAAGGAAUUAAUUUAAUGAAUAUUAUGCAACAUGAUGAUCCUUUAAUAGUUGUAUCCACAUAUACCAAAACAGUGCUUUUACUUAUUGAAAUACAAAUAUCAGUAUCAUUUAUCAUCAUAAUGCUCUCGUCAUUACUUAGGAUGAAUGUUCAAAAUAGCUGGCAAUUGAUAUCGUCCAUUAUCGCUGGUAUAUUGCUUUUGAUUUCAUUUGUGAUAGUCUUAUUGAUCGCUUUCGUGAAGAAGAUAAAUGAGAAAUAUCCAUUGAAUGUCGUGCUUGUAUUUAUUUAUUCUGUUUGCAUGGUAUCAGCAUUAGGAGUUUGGAACACACAGUUAGAUGCUCUUGAAAGAUUGAUUGUCUUUGUAAUCAGUUUGGUAUUAUUCACAUGUGCAUUAUUGAUCGGUGCGGCGAUUAAAACAAAUUUGUUUGAUCACUUAAUGAGUAUUCUGAUAUCUUUUUCCGUUAUAUCUCUUGUCAUCGUGAUAGUCGCGGUUGUGCUCAUUGCUUUGAAACAGUGCAAGUAUCAAACGAUCGGUGUUUACGUAGGUGCACAAAUAUCAUUGUUCGUUAUAACAAUAUUUAUAA